UUGGGUGGGCGCUCUCAUUGCUUCUCUUUUCUUCUCUCUCUCCUCCUCCCUCCCUGAGAUAUUUCUCUGACCCUCUCUGGAGAUAUGGAAGCGGUUAUCCAUUCGAAGGGCCUCAUCACCCUCCCCUCCAACCCUCAAAUCAGAGUUUCCUAUCCACUCCAGCCCCUCAGGCUUCGUUUCCCUUGCAAAAGCAGUAAUCUUUCUGGGUUUCCAUUGCUAAAGGCCAGAGCUUUAAGUGGGAAACCACAGAGUCUGCUUCUUUCUGGCUCCAAUCCCUGUUGGGAAUCAAGAAGUUUGCUCCUUUCCAAUGUUGGGAAAGGUUUGGGCCAUGGGCUUUGGAGGAAAGAGGAAAAGCCCCCGUCUUGCCGCGCCGGAGCUGCCAUUCCUGCCGAUGGUGCUGGAUUUAUUGAAGAAAAAGAGAAAGCCAAGUUCUUUGGCGUUGAGGUUCAGACUCUCAAGAAGAUUAUUCCUCUUGGGAUUAUGUUCUUUUGCAUUCUUUUCAAUUAUACGAUUCUUAGAGAUACUAAGGAUGUGCUUGUUGUGACGGCCAAGGGGAGUAGUGCGGAGAUUAUUCCUUUCUUGAAGACUUGGGUGAACUUGCCUAUGGCUGUGGGUUUCAUGCUUUUAUAUACUAAGCUCUCUAAUGUGCUCUCAAAGGAGGCUCUUUUCUAUACUGUGAUAUUCCCUUUCAUUGCUUUCUUUGGGGCUUUUGCCUUUGUUUUGUAUCCUUUGAGCAACGUUAUUCAUCCCACUGCACUUGCGGAUAAGCUUCUGGCUGCACUGGGACCUAGCUUUCUCGGGCCAGUUGCGAUUCUUAGGAUAUGGAGUUUCUGCUUGUUCUAUGUCAUGGCUGAGCUCUGGGGAAGUGUUGUGAUCUCUGUUCUGUUCUGGGGAUUUGCUAAUCAGAUUACUACCAUUGAGGAGGCAAAAGAAUUCUACCCACUGUUUGGCCUCGGAGCAAAUAUUGCCCUAAUCUUCUCAGGACGAACGGUAAAAUACUUCUCAAAUCUGAGGAAGAAUUUGGGGCCAGGUGUUGAUGGUUGGGCUAUAUCUCUUAAAGGAAUGAUGAGCAUUGUGGUGCUUCUUGGUCUUGUAAUCGCUGGUAUCUAUUGGGGAGUGAAUAAAUUUGUUUUAAAUGAUCCAUCAUUGCCAAGAACAGAACGUAAAAAGAAGGAAAAGCCCAAGCUUGGUAUGAAAGAAAGCUUGAAAGUUUUGUUUUCAUCUAGAUAUGUAAGGGAUCUUGCAACUCUAGUUGUGGCAUAUGGUAUUAGCAUAAAUCUUGUCGAAGUUACAUGGAAAUCAAAGCUCAAGGCCCAGUUUCCGAGUCCCAAUGAAUACUCAUCUUUCAUGGGUGACUUCUCCACUGCAACGGGCAUUGCAACUUUCAUUAUGAUGCUGCUUGGACGAUUAAUACUCAGAAAAUUUGGAUGGGGAGUUGCGGCAAUGAUCACACCCACCGUCUUGCUCCUCACAGGAGUCGGCUUUUUCUCAUUGAUUUUGUUUGGGGAGCCAUUGACUCCAGCACUUGCAAGUUUGGGCAUGACCCCUCUACUUGCAGCUGUAUAUGUGGGUGCAUUACAGAACAUUUUCAGCAAGAGUGCAAAAUACAGCUUGUUCGAUCCUUGCAAAGAAAUGGCUUACAUUCCUCUCGAGGAAGACAUGAAGGUUAAAGGAAAGGCGGCCAUUGAUGUUGUCUGCAACCCAUUGGGCAAAUCAGGAGGUGCACUGAUCCAACAGUUCAUGAUUUUAACGUUUGGAUCGCUUGCAAACUCAACACCUUACCUUGGAGGAAUUCUGCUGAUUAUUGUUCUUGCAUGGCUGGGAGCUGCGAGGUCCUUGGAUUCCCAGUUCUCUCCCUUGGUGAAGGAGCAGCUUGAGAAGGAAAAGAGGAUGAAAAAAAGAUCGAUGAGACAGAUUUUUGAAAUGUCGAAAGAAGUGAAUGCAACUGAGAAUGGUUCUACUGUUGCACCUACAGCAAGUGAUGUCUCUGCCAAUGGCUCUGCUUUGAAGCAGGAAACAACUAUUGGAUCAGAGAGUUCAUCAGGAAGCUCCACCUCUCAAAUUCAAUGAAUUCGGUAGUCUCACUUUCCUAAACGGCCGAGCCGGAAAUGAUUCUAUGCAAAAUGCAUUGGCAUAAAUAACAUGACUUGUUGCAUGUUAUUGGGUGAACAUUUCACCUCUUCUUUUGGCAGAUAAUAAGCGAGUUUAUUUUACUGCACACUUUUCUUGAAAUUAUUAGAAUUUGUUAUUUAAAUCUACCAUUUGUUGUAGUUGUUGUUGUUGUUACUGUUGUAAUUCACGCAUGUUGGUUCUUAAAUUGAACAUUAUUUUCUACUCU